AAUGUAUAUCACUCAACUUCCUCCUCUAAAAAGCACCUGCAGGCAGGCUUUACAGAAGAGUUUUUAAAUUCUCUCUUUACAAAAAAUGUCUGACGACGAGGAUUACAGUUCUUCCGACGAUGAAGACUAUGUCCCUAAUGAUGGAGAGAUGGUGAGCGAGGAGGAGAACUCCGGUGAUGAGGAGGACCUUUCUGUACUAAAGGAAGACCAAGAUGAGACUGAAGCAAAAGGAGGGCGUGGCAAACGGAAAAACGUCAAGAAGAAAACUUCAGAUCUUCCAGCUAGGAAAAGAAAAGGUGGAAUAAAGCUAGAUAACGAUGCAGAUAAGUUAGAGGAAACAGAAGAAGACAAACAUAAAAAAGAGCUUACAAAACAAAUAGAAACAGAGAAAUCAGCAAAGAAAGAAGAACAAGAGAAGAAGCGAACAGACAAUCUGUGGGCCAGCUUCAUGUCUGAUGUUGGUGGACGGCCUAAACCUAAACCUGCUCCAUCAUCAGGAUUAGGGGCUUUAGGCAGUCUCUCAAAGCCAUGUACCUCAUCCUCACCAAAGUUAGCCACACCCACUUCAGCUCCAGCUAACCCAGCAGGGAAGGUCAAAGUCACCAAAGUGUAUGAUUUUGCUGGAGAGGCUGUGGAAGUGACUAAAGAAUUUGACAUUAAUUCUAAAGAAGCAAAAGAUGCAUUAAAAGAGAAAGAGGGAGCAGACAAGCCAGCAGAAUCUCCAUCACCUGUGGCUGCGACAACCAAAUCCACAAUCUCUGGAAUAGGGUCGGGGGUCAAGCGGCCAGGAGGAGGACUUGGAGGAGUACUUGGCAUCAUCAACAAGAAACCCAAAAUAGGCACACUGGAAAAAUCAAAACUUGAUUGGACCAACUUCAAAGAACAGGAAGGAAUUAGUGAAGAACUACAGAUUCAUAACAGGGGAAAGGCUGGAUAUCUGGAGAGAAUGGCAUUUUUGGAACGUACAGAUCAUCGGCAGUUUGAAAUUGAAAAGGGUAUAAGACAAAAAACCAGUAAAAGAUGACAACUUGCUGAUAGCAGACAUGCUAAAAGGGAGACAACCAUGCAAGUACUGAGGUGUCAGUCCUAGAGGCCAGAUUUAGAGUCAAAUCACCACUAAUUUUUAACUCAACAAUUUCAUAAGUUUACAUUGAGAGCAACCUUACUUUGUGUUGGAUACGGAUUCUGAUUGGAAACCUGUAUUACUGUCACAAGGAACAUACCUCAAACCUUGUCAUGGGUAAAGCCAAACUAUGUAGGACCAGAGUGACCGAAAUGUAUAUUUGAUAUAAUUGAAAUCAAGUUUCAGUCAUACCAGAUUUGUGUGAUUGUACAAUGUACAGAUUUCUUAAAUACCUUAUUUGUAUUACAAUCAACUGAAUAGAUUUCAGACAUACCAGACGUGUAAUCAACAAUGAACAGAUUUCAUAUACCAUGUUAAUGUUAUUGUAAACUGAAGUUUUCAGGCAGAUGAUGUGUCAAUGUACCCCGAGCAGAUUUCAGAAAUACAUUGUACCAAAUUUCUGUUGUUGUUCAGUGAACACCUUUUAAUAACGCCUUUCUUCUGAAGAUUAUAUUUCAGCAAUAUUGUGAGGGAAAAAAUCUUAAUUUAGUCCCAGGGAAUUAAUUGCCUUUCUAUGAACUCUUAAUUCGGAAUAUUGAUAUAACAUUGCUGCACAAGAGGUAUUAAUCAAACAGAUGACCAAGACAAUGUCAAACUGGGUAUCACGGCACAAUAGUUAAAUCCCAUGAAAUUGUUCUACGGAUAAAAUUGCUAAAGUGUGACCUUAUACCACAUACAGAUACUAGGUUGUACAGCUGAACAACAUUCAGAAUUCAGAUACAUGAAGAUUGAUGUGUCUGCAUAUUUGUGCUGAUCAGAUUUCGGUUCUAUGUGUCAAGUUAUAAAAGUGAAAAGAUGCGAUGAAGUGUUGGACCGACUUCGAACAUGUUGUGAUACUGAAAAUAAAUAUUGUACAUGUGUUGA